AUGAAAGCAAAUGACUACGAGCAAAAGCUUUAUCAACUAGCUAUGAAUUCAAACAGCUCUAAAAACUUUAAUUAAAUAAUGAAAGAGUACCAAGAACUUUAGAAGUAAGAACAAUUAAAGAAUAAACCAGAGAGGAUAUCAAAUAAAAUUUAGGAUCUUAUAAUGAAAAUUUGUUAAUAGUCAAAUAGUAGUUAACAAACAAAUUAAAUAAUGCUAUUAGUAAAAAAUCUUGGAAAUUUGUUGGAAGAUGUGGAUACCCUCAAAGAGUAAAUUAAAGAUUAAGACUCAAUAACUCUCUACUAAAAAUACAGAGACCUCAUUAUGAAUUUAAAUGAAGAUGAAAAAAUGUGCGAAAAGAUUUCAUAAGAAUCAUUAUAAGUAAUAAGCGAUGAAAAAUUGCUUUAAAUUAAAAAAAGACUUUAUUUACUAUUUGAAAAAGCGAAAUAGCUCCAUACAGCCACUAUGAAGAAAACCCAAAAGUACUUGCUCUGGAUGGAUAAGAAUGCUUCAAAUAAUAAAGAGAUUUUGACUCUAAUUUAAUAAUAAUAUAAAGGGUUUGUUUUAGUUCAAUACUAUGAAGAUAAUUAAGACUUUAGAAACGAUGUUUUAAUAUAUAAAGAAAAUCCUUGUGUCAUCAUAAUGAGCGCUGUAGCAGCUGGUUCUAAUGUUUAAUAUGGAGAUGGAGAUCACUUUAACUUUUUAAAGUAGAAUAAACACUAAUUAAGAAUUUAAGGAUGCAUUCUAUACUGCGGUCAAUAGGGAGCAUUGAACAACUAGCAUUUACUAAUGGACCCUAGCAAACUACUUAAAAAGAUUACUACUGAAGAAGCUAAACUUUAGUAAUAUGUUGAAGAAAUGCUUAUCCCUUCUGAAUAUAAAAGAGUUAUUUAACUAGAACAUAUUGAUUUUUUUAUUCCUAAUAUAAAAUAAGAAGCGCUUUAAAUUCAAUUCUAAAAUUAUACUUUCUAAAGCCUUUAAGCUAUAAAUCCAAAUAAAAAAAGUCUUAGGAAUGCUUUUAAAAAGGCAAAAGAAUUAAUCAUCCUCAAGAAAAUUAGCUUAAAAUAGGAUGUGAUUGAUGGCAUAGAGAACAUACCAGAGUUACUUGAAAAUGCUUUUUAAAAUCAAUCUGAUUAAAUUGUUGUUGACAGGAUAAUUUAAAUUUACUCUGAGCAAAGUAAUAAGUAUCCUACUUACUAAUUCUUAAAUUCUACUUUAAAUAUUCUUAACGAAGAGCUAACUUUUACUUUGCUUUAAUUUUAUUAUAUUUUUAUUAUAUCUCUUCAUCUUUACAAUGACAUAAACGAUACAAUAAUCCAGCCAAACGGAAGUGUUUUAACUUUAUUCAGAGGAUCCUCUAUAGAUAAGGAUCAUUUUAGUGACAUCAUCUAAAAAUCUAAAACCAUUUUAUUACCAAGCUUUAGCUCCUUUUCCACCCUCAAACAUAAAGCAGAAUAAUUUAUACUUGCAAAUUGCUUUGAAGACACUGUACCUGUUCUCUUUGAGUAUAAAUACAAAACUGGAAGUGAUUAUUUUAAAAAUAGACCUAAAAAUAUAAGACGUGUCUCUAAAUUCCCAUGUGAAGAUGAGUACAUAAUUUAUCCAUUCACACAGUUUAUUAUUAAGGAAGUUAAAUAGCCAACUUAAUAAACUCCUUACUAUACUAUAGUGAUUUGA